GAGGCACCCAUGGCUCCAUCUCUGUCCAUGAGUCUGUCACCAAGCACACCUUCCCGGAGACUCUGUGGGGCUUGUGUGUUCUGUUCUUCCUUCAACAGAGGGAGUUAAAGAAUUUCACUUCUUUGGAGGCAGUGACAUGGCUGUCUCAGCUCUGGUUUCAUCCAGAUACAUCUACAAUCCUUCUUCCAGACUUUCCCUAGGCUGGCACGCCCUGCAGGGAGAGGAGGCCACAAGUUACAGAUUCUUCAACAAUGAGAUGGGAGAAAUCUCUGAAGGAGUCUCCAGUCAGAGUGGGAAAGGCCAGGUGGUGACUGCAGUUCAGGGUGGGAAUGCCGGAGUCUACACCUGCCAGUACUCAAGAGAGGAAUCUGGGGAGAAGAUCCUUUCUGGAGACAGCAAUUCCAUCCAGAUACCAGUAGUAGAUUCUCUGCUCCCCCCUAAACUCUCGUUGGACCCUCUCUAUGCCUUCUAUUUCCAAGGGGAACACGUGACCCUCAGAUGUUCAGCUCCUCUGGGGCAGAAGGGAGAAGGAUACAGAUUCUUCAAGCAAAGUGGGGAGCAGAUUGUUGAGGUUUUUCCACACCACAAAAGUAAUGACCAGUUCUUCAUAACAGCUGAGCUGGGGGAUGCUGGUAUCUACAUCUGUGAGUACUGGAGAUGGGAAUCUGGGCGAAUGAUUCCAUCCAGGACAAGUGACCCUGUGUCCAUAUCAGUGUCAGACUCCCCAGUGAGACCCCGGCUCACUGUGACACCAGACCAUCCCAUCUACAUGACAGGAGAAUCCAUAACCCUAAUGUGCUCAGCUCCUACAAAUGCUACCGUAUUAGGGUUUAGGUUUUUCAGGGAUGGACAAAACACUGGUUCACCUCUGGGCAAUGGCUCUGCUCAACUACCUCUUUUGAGAAUGGAGAUAGAGGAUGCUGGAUCAUACACCUGUGACUUCUGGGGACCAGAAGCAGUCCAGGAGAUCCCAUUGGAGCAGAGUGCACCUGUACAAAUCAUACUGAUAGAUGCUUAUACCCCACCAAUGCUGAUCAUGGAUCCUCCAUCUAAAGUGGUGAGUGAAGGGUACCCCCUGUCCUUCACUUGUAUAGCUCCUUGGAAGACUGAAGAGACAAGUUUUCACUUCUACAAGGAUGGAACCAAGAUUGUCCCUGGAAAUACCAGGUCUGAAAUGAGCAGCACAGAGCGCUGGCCCAGAAACGUGUUUAAAAUCCCUGAGGUGGGUCUCAACAUUAGUGGAGAAUUCACCUGUAUGUAUGAGGAGAACAUGAGCGGGAGAUGGAUCUCAUCACCCUGGAGCCCAGCUGUAAAUGUCACUGUGAUUGCCUCCAGCAGAGUGCACGCACUUUUCUGGCUUCGAUCGCUGGUGGUGGGAGCAUCUUUCUUCAUUAUCAACAGUCUCAUCUUCCUCAUCUUUCACUGCUGCCUAUAGAAAUAAGGCCACCAGUGAACUUGUGGACAAGAAGUUCCCUAUCUUGGAGGCCCAAAUGCAUGGGUCUUCCCCGUAGAAACCGGAAUCUGUGGCCUGGAAGACUCGCAUCUGAGAGCAGCUGGUUUUGAAGGGUUUUGAGGGCAAGGCUUGUCACAGCUCAGCAACCUCAGUACUUUUAGUGACUUGUUGAAUGGUAGUCAUUCUGGGAUGGGUGGUGGAAGCGAUUUAUAACAAGACAAGAAUGCUGUACCUGAGAGCUAGAAUCCUGUUAACCACCGAAGUGGCAGAAGCUCAGCUCUGUGAUGGGGUACUGGGGUCAGCACUGUCUUCCAGGGGACACCACCUUUUAUUAAAUCCAACCCUGUGCAGCACAGGGCCUCCUGGCACCACUCUGGUGCAUUUGGAAUCAGCACUGACCCUGAAAGGAAAGCACUAACUACUGAGACCUCUACCUGAUGCCCAGCAAAAGAGUGCUCCCUAGGACCAUGCCAGGGUACUUGAGCCAGCAAGGGAACAAAGGUCACUCUUAGACCCCCCUCAUUUCCCCCUAGCCACUUGCAUCCCCCAGUAUUGUACUGAGGCAAGGGGAAGCCCUGAGUGCAAGAGAAGAGUGCCCUUUACUGCGUCACUUCAAUUCCAUGUUACCUCUUUGUUCCAUUUAGUGACUGGAAUCAAAUCAUUGCAACCCACCAAUAUGGCUGAGCCCUGGGAGGUCCAAUUUGUCAGAGGACAUUGAUAGAGAUGCAUCCGGCUCUAAAAACAACUGGGCUUGACUGAUAGAGAUGCAUCCGGCUCUAAAAACAACUGGGCUUGACUGAAUGGGCAUUGCUUUUUUGUUGUUUUAGGUUUCCAAGACUUGCUGGAAAUGUUUAGGCAGCUCCUUUCCCUGUGGUAAUAAGGCAAUAAAGGAUUUGAGAAAAU